GAGGUGGAGGAGAAGGUAAAUAGAUAUCCCACCGCCUCUCGCCUCCUCUGGCUCUUGAUGGAAAGGAAUGGGUCAGCCUCGACCUCGAUCUCGACGCUCUUCUUGGAUCGCGUCGGCGAGGUCGCCGUUACUCUGGAUCCCGAUGGUCUCUCUUGGAAGCCGAUCGAUUGUGAAUCUAGUGGGUCAUCUUGCUUGUGCAUGAACUACCGGCUAAAGACUGAAAACAGGAUUGAAUUUUCCAAUGUUUAUGCUGUAGAGUUAAUUGAUUGGGGCUUGAUUGAGGAUGCAAAUAGGAAUUCUGGCAGCUUUUUCUCAGGCAAUAAAUUUGAGAUGUACCGUUUUGUGGUGCAUGGAUUCCAUAGGGGUAAAACACAUGGUUCUCCUUGGACACUCUGUGAAUACACCUUUGGUCACAAGGAUAUGCAUAUAUGCCAGUCGUGGGUUGAACGUUUGAUUGCUUCUACCAGUACUGAUGCUGUCAGACCAAAGUCUCUUUUGGUGUUUGUUCACCCAUUAUGUGGGAAAGGAAAUGGGGUCAAUACUUGGGAGACAGUUGCGCCUAUAUUUUCCCAUGCUAAAGUGCGGACAGAGGUAACAGUGACUCAGAGGGCAGGGCAUGCAUUUGACUGUAUAUCAUCCUUAUCGCACAGGGAAUUGAGUUCUUUUGAUGGCAUUGUUGCUGUGGGAGGUGAUGGUCUCUUUAACGAAGUUCUGAAUGGACUUCUUUCCUCGAGGCAUGAUGCUCCUUAUCCUCCAUCUCCACAAGAGUUGGAUAACAAGAGUGAUAAAAAUUGUCAGCAUUUAAAUAAUGACAUCUCACGUGGUAGGGCCUCUCUUAAUGGUGCAAAUGGCAUGCUUUCUGCGCCUUUAUGUGGAAGUGAUGACCUUGCACCUCUUCUCUCAGCUGUAGAAUCCAAUGGACUGGGCAUCUCAAAAUGCACAACCAACAAUGGACCAUGCGAUGCAGAUGAAGAUGUAAAAGUUUCCUUCCCAAAUGAUUGGUUUAGACUUGGAUUAAUUCCUGCUGGUUCAACUGAUGCCAUUGUUAUCAGUACUACCGGGACGCGAGAUCCUGUAACAUCAGCUUUGCACAUUAUCCUUGGCAAAAAGAUGUCACUUGAUAUAGCUCAGGUGGUCCGAUGGAAAACUAGUCCUUCAUCAACAGAAGUGCCUUCUGUACGCUAUGCAGCUUCUUUUGCAGGGUAUGGUUUCUAUGGUGAUGUCAUCAAGGAGAGUGAAGGCUAUCGUUGGAUGGGUCCUAAACGCUAUGAUUUUGCCGGAACGGUGGCCUUUUUGAAACACAGAUCUUACGAGGCAAAAGUUACAUUUUUGAAGACUGAAGAACAAGAAACAAGUAACAUUGCAAGCGACAUACAAACUUCACAACUUUUUCAAAAGAACUCUAAGAAUGUUGUUUGCCGUGCAAACUGCAGCAUCUGUAAUGAUUUUAAAAAUGCUGCUCAGUAUUCUGCAGAUGUAGCUGUUAGCCCAAUUCAUUCUCAGGAUUCAAGGUGGCUAGAAUACACAGGUCGUUUUCUUAGUGUUGGUGCUGCCAUUAUUUCAUGCCGUAAUGAAAGAGCGCCUAAAGGUCUGGUGGCUGAGGCACACCUUGCUGAUGGUUUCCUUCAUCUUAUACUGAUAAAAGAUUGUCCGCAUCCUUUAUACUUGUGGCAUCUUAUAAAUCUUAAAAGGGGCUCUAAUCCUUUUGACUUUACAUUUGUGGAACACCACAAGACACCUGCUUUUACCUUUGUUUCAGCUCAUAAUGAAAGUGUGUGGAAUGUGGAUGGGGAGAUUCUCCAAGCAUGCCAAGUCUCUGUACAAGUAUGUAGGGGCCUAAUCAACUUGUUUGCAUCAGGACCUGAAGUUUAGUAUACAUAAAUUAUGAAGGUCAUAUAAAUUCCCAAUAAAUACAAAUGGUCUGAAGUUUAGUAUAUAUAAAUUAUGUUGGCCUGAAUUCCCAACAACAGACAUCAAGGAGAACAAUAUGAAGAGGAAUAAAUCUUAUGCUUGUCCAUUACAAAACACAAGGGCUAGGAUUAGUAGUAGUUUAAGUUAUACGACACUGGAACCCCUGUCUUUCUUCCAUUUCGUACCUUAAUUAACAUGGAGCUUUACUAUUUGUCAUACUUUGUUGGCAAAAAAUCUCAGGACAGAAUAGUGUUGGUUGGUGAAGCCUCUUAUUUGGGAGUAUCAAUGAGUAUUUUCCCACAUUACCUUCAGGGUUGAUUUGAUGUAUAAUCAUCAGAUGACUGUAAAUACACGUGCAACGAUUGUAGAUGUUGAUGCUGGAAUA